AUGUCUUCUCAGGAUUCCCAGGACUCUCUUCUUUUCGGUGAAGAGGAUGAAAACUUCAGACCAAGAAAGUCUGUAGUUAGAUACCCUCUGGUGUCGUUCUUCCACCUGUUCUUCCGGACCAGUGCCAUCCUGGUGUAUUUACUCUGUGACUUCUUAAGCAGCGGGUUCAUUGCCUGCAUGGUCUCCAUCAUCCUGCUGCUGUCAUGUGACUUUUGGACUGUCAAGAACGUGUCUGGUAGAUUGUUGGUGGGCCUUCGGUGGUGGAAUCAAGUGGAUGAAGAUGGAAAGAGCCACUGGGUGUUCGAAUCAAAGAAGCCAAACAGUACGAAUGCAACGACCAGCGCUGAAUCCCAGAUCUUCUGGCUUGGGCUCAUCGUGUGCCCCAUCUUCUGGGUCAUUUUUGUUUUCAGCACCAUCUUCUCCUUCAAUCUAAAAUGGCUGGCUGUGGUGAUUAUGGGUUUGGUUUUGCAGUGGGCCAACCUGUAUGGUUAUGUCAGAUGCAAACUGGGCGGAAAGUCCAACCUGACGAACAUAGCGAAGAACUACAUUGGCACCACGAUAUUUAAGCAGGCAAUGAAGGAAACCAACAGAUCCUGAACGUGAAGUUUGUUUGUGCUGACCAGAUGCAGGGUGAAGGAGCUCAUCGUUGGAUGUGCCAAAAAUGUUUACUUGCUUUAUUCAUGUUGAGAAGGUGGCUGGUCUUUUGUUAAGACUUUUUUUUUUUUCUUUACUCAAGAGCAGAUUGUUAUCACGGAGUUCUGAGGUCCAACACUAACAGUGGUCAAUGUUAAUGCAUACGCUUUAAACUCGUUUCUUUGAAAUCACUAUUUUUAUUCCCCCUUUUUCCAUGGGUCAGUCCUUCAGAGAAACCUUAAUUAAAAUUGUUGAUAUACUACUGUGAAUUGUGGGAAAAUAUUUAUGUUGCAUUGAGCAAAGAAAUGUGUUAAAGAUGGUACUAAAGGAUAUGGAUUUAAAUAUUUUGUAAUAAAUAAUGUUUGGGUGUGGUCUUUUUUUUUUUGUUAGAAUGUAUUUCCAGAAUUUCUUACAAAUAAAAUACAAAAAUAAAAAAACAUCUACUUUAUGCUCUACUUUAUGCAAACAUUUGAAUUUGAACUGAAUGUAAUGUUAUAAAGUGAAUGUGUAAUGUUACAAAGUGAAAUGCUGUUGCUGCAGUCAACAUGUACAUGAUUGAAGACGAAGAACUGGUUGAAACCCCAAGAGAUGACCAUAAACACUUCCAGGUGUUGUGUUUGUGACGGAUGACCUGACGUCAUGUACAUCAGUGGUUCAUGAUCGAGGUGAACGCGGAGACAUGGAAGAGAAAAAAUAUUAAAAGCAUUUUCAAA